GCUUUGCGCUCGUGGGAGAGUCCCGCCUCCUUCUGCGAACCGCACCACCCAGAGCCCGGGGUACGCGGAGGGCGCGUCUCUGACGGAAGCCGGAGCGGACGGUCGGAGUCCGGAAGAAAAACAGUCCGCGACCGCGAGGAGCGUGAGACCGGCCGACCGCAGGGCUGCUCUGGCCGGGACCCGCUGGCCGGGAGACGCGAACCUGCCGGACCACCGCGCGGGGACGACGGCGGCCAUGAGCUCUCGGAAGCUGAGCGGGCCGAAAGGCAGGAGGCUCAGCAUACACGUCGUGACUUGGAACGUGGCUUCGGCAGCGCCCCCUCUAGAUCUCAGUGACCUGCUUCAGCUGAACAACCAGAACCUGAAUCUUGACAUAUACGUCAUUGGUUUGCAGGAAUUGAACUCUGGGAUCAUAAGCCUCCUUUCUGAUGCUGCCUUUAAUGACUCGUGGAGCAGUUUCCUCAUGGAUGUGCUUUCCCCUCUGAGCUUCAUCAAGGUCUCCCAUGUCCGUAUGCAGGGGAUCCUCUUACUGGUCUUUGCCAAGUAUCAGCAUUUGCCUUAUAUCCAGAUUCUGUCUACUAAAUCCACCCCCACUGGCCUGUUUGGGUACUGGGGGAACAAAGGUGGAGUCAACAUCUGCCUGAAGCUUUAUGGCUACUAUAUCAGCAUCAUCAACUGCCACCUGCCUCCCCACAUUUCCAACAAUUACCAGCGGCUGGAGCACUUUGACCGGAUCCUGGAGAUGCAGAAUUGUGAGGGGCGAGACAUCCCCAACAUCCUGGACCACGACCUCAUUAUCUGGUUUGGAGACAUGAACUUUCGGAUCGAGGACUUUGGGUUGCACUUUGUUCGGGAAUCCAUUAAAAAUCGGUGCUACAAUGGCCUGUGGGAGAAGGACCAGCUCAGCAUUGCCAAGAAACAUGACCCGCUGCUCCGGGAGUUCCAGGAGGGCCGCCUACUCUUCCCACCCACCUACAAGUUUGAUAGGAACUCCAACAACUAUGACACCAGUGAGAAAAAACGCAAGCCUGCGUGGACCGAUCGCAUCCUGUGGAGGCUGAAGCGGCAGCCCUGUGCUGGCCCCGACACUCCCGGACCGCCGGCCCCAGACUUCUCCCUGUCUCUGAGGAGCUACGGCAGCCACAUGAUAUACGGCAUCAGCGACCAUAAGCCUGUCACCGGCACGUUCGACUUGGAGCUGAAGCCAUUGGUGUCUGCUCCGCUGAUCGUCCUGAUGCCCGAGGACCUGUGGACCGUGGAAAAUGACAUGAUGGUCAGCUACUCUUCAACCUCGGACUUCCCCAGCAGCCCGUGGGACUGGAUUGGACUGUACAAGGUGGGGCUGCGGGACAUUAAUGACUACGUGUCCUAUGCCUGGGUCGGGGACAGCAAGGUCUCCUGCGGCGACAACCUGAACCAGGUUUACAUUGACAUCAGCAAUAUCCCUACAACUGAAGAUGAGUUUCUCCUCUGUUACUACAGCAACAGUCUGCGUUCAGUGGUGGGGAUAAGCAGACCCUUCCAGCCCCUCCUCUUCCUGCUCCAACCAUCCGGGCCAAGAGGCCUCCCAAUCAGACCUGGACGGCUCCAGCUGUGUCCUGAGGCGCUGGACCAGCCACCUCCCCUGGGGCUGGAGUUAAAGCAGAACCAAGUGGCCAUCCCGGCGUUAGACCAUCGGUUCCUGGCUCCCGGAGCGGUCAGAGCCAGCGAGUGGGCAGGCAGCUUUUGCUCACAGGCCCCAGUGCCCAGGGGCGCUGGCUCUCCGCAGGGCGGAAUGGCGCUGCAAGUGGAGCUGGUACCCACCGGGGAGAUCAUCCGCGUGGUUCAUCCCCACAGGCCCUGCAAGCUUGCCCUGGGCAGUGACGGGGUUCGGGUGACCAUGGAGAGUGCGCUGACCGCCCGUGACCGGGUGGGGGUGCAGGAUUUCGUGCUGCUGGAGAACUUCACCAGCGAGGCCGCCUUCAUCGAGAACCUGCGGCGGCGGUUUCGGGAGAACCUCAUCUACACCUACAUUGGCCCCGUCCUGGUCUCUGUCAACCCCUACCGGGACCUGCAGAUCUACAGCCGGCAGCAUAUGGAGCGUUACCGCGGCGUCAGUUUCUAUGAAGUCCCCCCUCACCUGUUUGCCGUGGCUGACACUGUGUACCGAGCACUGCGUACGGAGCGUCAGGACCAGGCCGUGAUGAUCUCUGGGGAGAGUGGGGCAGGCAAGACGGAGGCCACCAAGAGGCUGCUACAGUUCUAUGCAGAGACCUGCCCAGCCCCCGAGCGCGGAGGUGCUGUGCGGGACCGGCUGCUGCAGAGCAACCCGGUGCUGGAGGCCUUUGGAAAUGCCAAGACCCUCCGGAACGAUAACUCCAGCAGGUUCGGGAAGUACAUGGAUGUGCAGUUUGACUUCAAGGGUGCCCCCGUGGGUGGCCAUAUCCUCAGUUACCUCCUGGAAAAGUCACGAGUGGUGCACCAGAAUCACGGGGAGCGGAACUUCCACGUCUUCUACCAGCUGCUGGAGGGGGGCGAGGAGGAGACUCUUCGCAGGCUGGGCUUGGAACGGAGCCCCCAGAGCUACCUGUACCUGGUGAAGGGCCAGUGUGCCAAAGUCUCUUCCAUCAACGACAAGAGUGACUGGAAGGUCGUCAGGAAGGCUCUGACAGUCAUUGAUUUCACCGAGGAUGAAGUGGAGGACCUGCUGAGUAUCGUGGCCAGCGUCCUUCAUUUGGGCAACAUCCACUUUGCUGCCGAUGAGGAGAGCAAUGCCCAGGUCACCACCGAGAACCAGCUCAAGUAUCUGACCAGGCUCCUUUGUGUGGAAGGCUCGACACUGCGAGAAGCCCUGACACACAGGAAGAUCAUCGCCAAGGGGGAGGAGCUCCUGAGCCCGCUGAACCUGGAGCAGGCCGCCUACGCGCGAGACGCCCUCGCCAAGGCUGUGUACAGCCGCACUUUCACCUGGCUCGUCGGGAAGAUCAACAGGUCGCUGGCCUCCAAGGAUGCGGAGAGCCCCAGCUGGCGGAGCACCACGGUUCUCGGGCUCCUGGAUAUUUAUGGCUUUGAAGUGUUUCAGCAUAACAGCUUUGAGCAGUUCUGCAUCAAUUACUGCAACGAGAAGCUGCAGCAGCUCUUCAUCGAGCUCACGCUCAAGUCGGAGCAGGAGGAGUACGAGGCGGAGGGCAUCGCGUGGGAGCCCGUCCAGUAUUUCAACAACAAAAUCAUCUGUGAUCUGGUAGAGGAGAAGUUUAAGGGCAUCAUCUCGAUUCUGGAUGAGGAGUGUCUGCGCCCCGGGGAGGCCACGGAUCUGACCUUCCUGGAGAAGCUGGAGGAUACUGUCAAGCACCAUCCACACUUCCUGACGCACAAGCUGGCUGACCAGCGGACCAGGAAAUCUCUGGGCCGAGGGGAAUUCCGCCUUCUGCACUAUGCUGGGGAGGUGACCUACAGUGUGACCGGAUUUCUGGACAAAAACAAUGACCUUCUCUUCCGGAACCUUAAGGAGACCAUGUGUAGCUCGAAGAAUCCCAUUAUGAGCCAGUGCUUCGACCGGAGCGAGCUCAGUGACAAGAAGCGGCCAGAGACGGUCGCCACCCAGUUCAAGAUGAGCCUCCUGCAGCUGGUGGAGAUCCUGCAGUCUAAGGAGCCCGCCUACGUCCGCUGCAUCAAGCCGAAUGAUGCCAAACAGCCCGGCCGCUUUGACGAGGUGCUGAUCCGGCACCAGGUGAAGUACCUGGGGCUGAUGGAGAACCUGCGCGUGCGCAGAGCCGGCUUUGCCUAUCGCCGCAAAUACGAAGCUUUCCUGCAAAGGUACAAGUCACUGUGCCCAGAGACGUGGCCCACGUGGGCAGGACGGCCGCAGGAUGGGGUGGCUGUGCUGGUCCGACACCUGGGCUACAAGCCAGAAGAGUACAAGAUGGGCAGGACCAAGAUCUUCAUCCGCUUCCCCAAGACCCUGUUUGCCACAGAGGAUGCCCUGGAGGUCCGGCGGCAGAGCCUGGCCACAAAGAUCCAAGCUGCCUGGAGGGGCUUUCACUGGCGGCAGAAAUUUCUCCGGGUGAAGAGAUCAGCCAUCUGCAUCCAGUCGUGGUGGCGUGGAACGCUGGGCCGCAGGAAGGCAGCCAAGAGGAAGUGGGCGGCGCAGACCAUCCGGCGGCUCAUCCGAGGCUUCAUCCUGCGCCACGCCCCCCGCUGCCCCGAGAAUGCCUUCUUCCUGGACCAUGUGCGCACCUCUUUUUUGCUAAACCUGCGGCGGCAGCUGCCCCGGAAUGUCCUGGACACCUCCUGGCCCACGCCCCCACCUGCCCUGCGUGAGGCCUCAGAGCUUCUGCGGGAGUUGUGCAUAAAGAAUAUGGUGUGGAAAUACUGCCGGAGUAUCAGCCCUGAGUGGAAGCAGCAGCUGCAGCAGAAGGCCGUGGCUAGUGAGAUCUUUAAGGGCAAGAAGGAUAAUUACCCUCAGAGUGUGCCCAGGCUCUUCAUCAGCACUCGGCUUGGUGCAGAUGAGAUCAGCCCCCGAGUGCUGCAGGCCUUGGGCUCUGAGCCCAUUCAGUAUGCUGUGCCUGUCGUGAAAUACGAUCGCAAGGGCUACAAGCCUCGCUCCCGGCAGCUGCUGCUCACACCCAACGCCGUGGUCAUCGUGGAGGACGCCAAAGUCAAGCAGAGGAUUGAUUACGCCAACCUGACCGGAAUCUCUGUCAGCAGCCUGAGCGACAGUCUUUUUGUGCUUCAUGUACAGCGUGAGGACAAUAAGCAAAAGGGAGAUGUGGUGCUGCAGAGUGACCACGUGAUUGAGACACUGACCAAGACAGCCCUCAGUGCCGACCGCGUGAACAACAUCAACAUCAACCAGGGCAGCAUCACGUUUGCAGGGGGCCCCGGCAGGGAUGGCAUCAUUGACUUCACCCCCGGCUCGGAGCUGCUUAUCACCAAGGCCAAGAACGGGCACCUGGCUGUGGUCGCCCCACGGCUGAAUUCUCGGUGAUAAAGGCACCCGCUGGACCCUCCCAACUCCCAACGCUUUGCUUUUCUCCUCCUCCCCCUCCCAGUUACCAAAGACUCGAGCUUCCAGACAGGGACCCAGGGAUACCCAGAAGCUCACCUGCAGUCCCCCACCUCCUGCGCGUCCCUCUCUUGAGGGAGCAGCAGGGGCCAGGAGCUGCCCCAGGAGUGGGCCAGGCCGGGCCACAGCAAUAGGAAAGCCAGGGCCAGAGCAAGCCAUGCCAGCCCUACUGCCGAUGCCAAAUAUUUGAGAGAAGGGAACUUUUGCUGAGGUUUUCUCUGAGGUUUUUUUGAUGCUUUAUAGGAAACUAUUUUUUAAAAAAAGCCAUUUCCCACCCAAGGACACACUGGAUGUGUUUUCCCUGACUCCAGCGGGGAGAGGAAUGUAGCCGGGAGGUUGUGUGGGCUGGGCUCUGGUGCCCUCUUCGCUGGCCCGGCCACCUCUCUUCCUGAUUCCCUUGGCACCUUGUCUGUCUGUCUGCCUGCCUGUCUCCCUGCCUGCCCAUCUGCACCUGUUGCAGCCCACUCUGACUUCCAUCUGGGGGCUGAGACCACCCUUGCCUGCCCCCUUCUUUCUGCCUUAAGAAUGUCCUUUUAGGCUGGGCACGGUGGUUCACGCCUGUAACCCCAGCACUUUGGGAGGCCGAGGUGGGCAGAUCACCUGAGGUCAGGAUUUAGAGACCAACCUGACCUACAUGGAGAAACUCCGCCUCUAGUAAAAAUAUAAAAUUAGCCGGGCAUGGUGGUGCACGUCUGUAAUCCCAGCGACUCGGGAGGCUGAGGCAGGAGAAUCGCUUGAACGCGGGAAGUGGAGGUUGCAGUGAGCCAAGAUUCCACCAUUGCAUUCCAGCCUGGGCAACAGAGUGAGACUCCUUCUUAAAAAAAAAAGAAUGCCCUUUUACUGUCCUCAUCAUCCCAGUCUGAGGCCAUGCUGGAGUGGGGAAGGCCAUCUUAGACCAUAGAGGUUAGAAGAUGCUGAGAGAUCAUCCAGCCCAAUCGCUUCUCGGCCUUUUGGCUAAGAUCAAGUGUGAGAUCAUCCAGCCCAGCCCCUUGAUGUUACAGAGCAGAAGACAGACGCCCAAACAGGAGAAGGCACUUGCCCACGGUCAUACGGCAGGUUGCCACAAAACCAAGACGGCAGCCCUUCCUCAGCAUGCCUCACUGCCAUUCCCAGAGACAGGGAGCCCCAUAAAACCCAGUUCAUGUCUUAAGAGUAGAUUUGGCUCCUUGACCAGCAGUCAGCCCUGGGAGCCGCCAGGUGGGAAGCGCCUCUGCCUGAGUACAGGCCUUGGGAUGACAGACAGCAACUUGCCCACACACUCGGGCCCACUCAAGGAUGUAGGGCCUUUUCUGGCCCCUGACCCCUCCCUGGCAUGGGAGCGUCGGGAAGGGGCUGGCCUUGGGAGGAGCGGCAGGGUAUCACCUCUUUCUGCUGCUUCUCCCCGCUCUUACCCUCGGGGGCCUGGGGGCUUCCCAGCUGCCUCUAUGCCCUUCUGGGGGUCUCAGCCCACUGCUGACACUUCUGCAAUCCAGAGAAACACUAAAUAAAGCAAUACAUGUUUGCCAA